AUUAAUUCUGUCCUUGUACGGCGUUCUACUGCGCAUGUUGCAUGACAGGUGCACACACAAGUCUCCAUCUUGGCAACCCUUUACCAAUGCAAUAGGACAGCGGGAAUAUAGAUUCUCUUCAGAUUGUUGAAAUUGAAAAAGAUAAGAGAAACGGACGGGAAUCGCCGUCGUAAUGAAAUUUCGCGCUGAUUCGCUCUGACUGGAGGAAGGACGAGCAGAAUGCGAUAUAGACGGCGACUGGUCGUGAAGGCUUUUUAACGACCGAAUGCUCUGUCGGCGCUUAUUGGAUCGCGUUCGCGGAACGACAACCUUUACCACGUUGAAAUGGUUACUGUACAGAUCUUUGUUAUAGGUCAGAGAUCAUGAAAAAAUGAACAUCACCUGUAUAAGUGAAACAGAGCUAAGUUAAACUGCUGUAAUAUGAAGGCUGUAAAGGUGAUUUUCUUGCUGCUUAUCAUCUGUCUCUGGAUGGAAGGAGGAUUCACCAAAGAAAAAUCUGCUAAGAAGGGAAAGAAGAAAGGAAAACAAGUUUACUGUCCUUCGCAGCUGUCGUCAGAAGAUCUGGCCCGGGUUCCGGCAAACUCUACCAGCAACAUCCUCAACAGGCUUUUGGUCAGCUAUGACCCAAGAAUCCGACCCAACUUCAAAGGUAUUCCUGUUGAGGAUCGUGUGAACAUUUUUAUCAACAGCUUUGGGUCCAUCCAAGAGACUACUAUGGACUAUCGUGUGAACAUCUUCUUGAGACAGCGCUGGAACGAUCCCAGACUCCGGCUUCCUCAGGACUUCAAGUCGGACUCGCUCACCGUUGACCCGAAGAUGUUCAAAUGCCUGUGGAAACCCGAUCUUUUCUUUGCCAACGAGAAGAGUGCUAACUUUCAUGAUGUCACUCAGGAGAACAUCCUGCUAUUUAUCUUCAGGAACGGAGAUGUCCUCAUCAGCAUGAGGUUGUCUGUAACCCUCUCUUGUCCACUGGACUUGACUCUCUUCCCCAUGGACACCCAGCGAUGCAAAAUGCAGCUUGAGAGCUUUGGCUACACCACAGAUGACCUGCAGUUCAUGUGGCAGUCUGGAGACCCAGUACAGAUGGAUGAGAUUGCUCUGCCUCAGUUCGAUAUUAAACAAGAGGACAUUGAAUAUGGCAACUGCACCAAGUACUACGCAGGGACAGGUUAUUACACGUGUGUGGAGGUGAUUUUUACUCUGAGGCGGCAGGUGGGCUUCUACAUGAUGGGUGUGUACGCUCCCACCCUGCUCAUUGUCGUCCUCUCCUGGCUCUCUUUUUGGAUUAACCCUGACGCCAGCGCUGCCCGUGUGCCUCUGGGGAUACUGUCAGUUCUCUCGCUCUCUUCUGAGUGCACGUCUCUGGCCUCUGAACUGCCCAAAGUCUCCUAUGUAAAGGCGAUUGACAUCUGGCUGAUUGCCUGCCUGCUCUUUGGCUUUGCCUCUCUGGUCGAAUACGCUGUGGUUCAGGUGAUGCUUAACAGCCCUAAACUGUUGGAGGCGGAGAGAGCAAAGAUUGCUAGCAAGGAGAAGGCGGAGGGAAAGACCCCCGCCAAGAACACCAUCAAUGGCAUGGGAAGCACCCCUAUACAUGUCAGUACACUACAGGUGACAGAGACAAGGUGCAAAAAGGUAUGCACCUCCAAGUCGGAUUUGCGCUCCAAUGACUUCAGCAUCGUAGGCUCUCUGCCACGGGACUUUGAACUCUCAAACUUUGACUGCUACGGCAAACCCAUUGAAGUUGGUAAUGCCUUCGGUAAAUCGCAAGCCAAGAACAACAAGAAGCAGCCACCUCCUAAACCUGUCAUCCCCUCGGCAGCCAAGCGCAUAGAUCUUUAUGCUCGUGCAAUUUUCCCAUUCUCUUUCCUUUUCUUUAAUGUCAUCUACUGGUCUGUGUAUUUGUGAUUGUGUAAAGUUUAAACUGCUUCCAUUCAACUUCUCCCUCCUUCGUAUCGUCUCGGUCCAUAUAAUUUGUACCUCAGACAUCAAACGGAGCAGUUUUGCCACUGAUGUGCAGGCAGAACAAAACUAUGGGAAUAAACACAUUAUUGCUAGUAAAAAAAAAACAACAUUUUUGAAUAGAAAGAAUGAAGGCAUUGCUUAAAACAUAGAUUUUCAUCUACUAUAUUUAAUUUAUGCACAAACUUGAAAUUAUUAUCUUGCAUGUGGAAAUGGAAUAUAUUGAUAUUAAUAUAUUGUAUUUAAAAUAUACAUUAUUUUUGACCUACAGAUCAGCUAUUAAGAUGAUGCUGAGACAUUUGUACUGAUAAACACUGCCAUAAGAACUGUCUUUUUGAUGUUCCUAUUACAAGCAUUCCAGAAAUUACAAGCAAGUGUAUAAAGCAGGAAAAAAAAUAACAAACAUCUUCUGUGCUUGUGAAUUAACUAUUAAUAAAUGGCCCAAUGGCUCAGCUGA